UCCUGGAUUUUCAUCUUCUGAGAAAACAACAGAUUAUGCCUUUGAGAUGGCUGUUUCCAAUAUUAGAUAUGGAGCAGGAGUUACAAAAGAAGUAGGCAUGGAUCUGCAGAACAUGGGAGCUAAAAAUGUUUGCCUGAUGACAGAUAAAAACCUCUCCCGGCUCCCUCCAGUACAAGUAGUUAUGGAUUCCUUAGUGAAGAAUGGCAUCAACUUUCAGGUUUAUGAGGAUGUGAGGGUGGAACCAACAGAUACAAGCUUCAAGGAUGCAAUUGAGUUCGCCAGAAAGGGAUCUUUUGAUGCCUAUGUCGCUGUGGGUGGUGGCUCCACCAUAGACACCUGCAAAGCUGCCAAUCUAUAUGCCUCCAACCCUCACUCAGAGUUCCUUGAUUUUGUCAACGCCCCUAUUGGGAAAGGAAAGCCCGUGUCUGAGCCUCUUAAGCCUCUGAUUGCAGUUCCAACUACCUCAGGAACCGGGAGUGAAACUACUGGGGUUGCCAUUUUUGACUAUGAAUGCUUGAAAGUAAAAACUGGCAUUGCUUCACGAGCUAUCAAACCCACACUGGGACUCGUUGACCCUCUGCACACCCUCCACAUGCCUAGCCAGGUGGUCGCCAACAGUGGCUUCGAUGUGCUCUGCCACGCACUGGAGUCAUACACUGCCCUUCCCUACCACAUGCGGAGCCCCUGCCCUUCCAAUCCCAUCACGCGGCCAGCGUACCAGGGCAGCAACCCAAUCAGUGACAUUUGGGCAGUCCACGCACUGAGAAUCGUUGCUAAGUACCUGAAAAGGGCUGUCAGAAAUCCUGAUGAUCUUGAAGCAAGGUCUAAUAUGCACUUGGCAAGCACUUUUGCUGGCAUUGGCUUUGGAAAUGCCGGUGUUCAUCUGUGCCAUGGAAUGUCCUACCCAAUUUCAGGUUUAGUGAAGACAUAUAAAGCAAAGGAUUACAAUGUGGAUCACCCACUGGUGCCCCAUGGCCUUUCUGUGGUGCUCACAUCCCCGGCAGUGUUCACGUUCACAGCCCAGAUGUUUCCAGAGCGGCACCUGGAGACAGCAGAAAUAUUGGGAGCGGACAUUCACACUGCCAAGAUCCAAGAUGCUGGGCCUGUAUUGGCAGACGCACUCCGGAAAUUCUUAUUUGAUUUAAAUGUUGAUGAUGGCCUCGCUGCCAUUGGUUACUCCAAGGCCGACAUCCCUGCAUUAGUGAAAGGAACGUUGCCCCAGGAAAGGGUCACCAAGCUUGCACCCCGUCCCCAGUCAGAAGAGGAUCUGUCUGCUCUGUUUGAAGCAUCAAUGAAACUGUACUAGUUGCCAUUUUAAUUGAAAGAAUUGCCAUCAUCCACUGUAGUUCUGAGAACAGAAGUUGACUUGGCUAGAGAAUUGUCUUUUCACCUCCACACAUAACUUACUUGCUACAGUUUGAAUGUAGUAGAUAUAAAUUUAUCCUAGGAGAUUCCCUGAUGUUCAAGCUAUUUCCAUAAAAUAAGCUAGACAAAUGCUCACUAUGUCAGACCCGUGGGCCAGACUUCAGGUGUUAGUGUUCCUGUGCCAAACUCCACAGAAUACUCUGCCUCUAUUCCAUGUGUCAAAUGGGCAAAAACUCAGUAUUUUUCAAAUAUGUAAAUGUACUUAUGCUGUGCCCAGUAAUUGCACGCCUAGAAAUUUAUCCUAUAGAAAUACUAGCACAAGGGGCAGGGGCUAUAGCUCAGUGGUAGAGCACUUGCCUAGUAUAUGUGAGGCACUGGGUUUAAUCCUUAGCACCACAUAAAAAUAAAUAAAAUAAAAGCAUUUUGUCCAUCUACAACUACAAAAAAAAUUUUUAAAUACUAGCACAAGUCUGUAAAGAAAUAUGAUGAGGUGUUUCUGGAAAGAUUUUUUUAAAUAUUUUAAUUUAUUUUUACAUGGUGCUGAGGAUCAAACCCAGUUCCUCACACAUGUGAGGCAGGUGCUCUACCACUGAGCUACAGCCCCAGCCCCUGGAAAGAUUUUUUUUUGAGUAACAAAACCCGAAACAAUCUAUGUAUUCAUUAAGCUACAUGGUAGUCAUUACAUCUUCUAGUCCCCUACCCCAGAAGGAUAACAGACCACUAAGGAAGUAUAAAUAGCCACAGGAAGUGCAGGCUGUCUUUGCUGACUUGACUCACAACAUUUUUUUAAAAAUCAAGCAAAUCACUAAAUUGGUUUAAAAAAUGAGAAAUAAUUAAUAGUAUAUAAAUUAAUAAGUCAUUAAUCGUAUGUAUAUGAUCAACUAAUAAAUCAUUAAUAGUAUACAGAUGAAUAAACCAUAAUGUAUUUAAGCAGUGGAGUAUUAUGGUAUUAUUAUAAGAAUGAAGUAAAUCUGUUGGAAAUAUGUCUAUUAUAUAACGAAUGUUGGAAAAAACAAGUUGUAGAAAAAUUAAACUUUGGUAUAAUGUGAUUUGUACUUUUUCAACUAUAUGUAAACAUAAAUCUACAUGUAGAAAAGAUGCACAUGAAAAUAUUAAAAGUUAUCAUUGGAGAAAUGGAA